AUGGCCACCACCGAGGCGCCGAGCAGGACGGAGCCGCACGUGAAGCGUGCCAAGACCGAGGAGGAGGAGGGGAUGGACGAGGGCAGCGACGGGGGCGGAGACGAUGCACAGAGCGCACGGCGUCCAGCACGCGCGUUCGAGGCGAUGUCGUUUGUGCGCGCGACGUCGUCGGACGCCUACUUUCUCUCCAACUCGCACCGGCGCAACUUUGCCAGCCGUAAGCUCGGGCGCGACCUGCUCAGGGGGACGUCCGGGAAAAAGGUCUCGGAGCUGCUCGGACCGCUCGACAUUGCGCAGCUGCCGCGCAUCGCGCUGGACGCGUCCGUGGACGGCGAGCCUCUUGCGCCCGCCCGCACGACCCACUCGCGCCUGGCGCUGGCGCUGCACAUGCGCCCCGAGCGCCAGGCGAUGCUCAUCGCGCAGCUCCUCUCUGGCUUUCACCUGAUCUUGUACGGCGUCGGCGACCGACUGCCCGUCGUGCGCAGCAUCGUCCAAAAAGCCGCCAAGCAGCACCACGGCGCCGCGGUGCUCGUCCAAGGCGCCGCGGGCCGUGCGCUGAAUGUCGACCGCAUGCUGGACGCGAUCGAGUCUGCAGUACGCGUCCAGACGCCGGCCGUGCCGCCGUGCGAUGCGCCGAGCGAGCCGGCGAUGGCGCGCCUGUCGCGUGUCGCCCAGCGUAUCCGGCGCAUCACACACCUGCUCGAGCACGCCGCGCGCCAUCCACCCGCCGAGCAUCCCCAGCGCGUGUUUGUCGGACUGGUCGCCUUUGACCAUCCUCUGCUGCACACAUCGCGACUGCAUACCCUGCUCCACGCCCUGGCGCGGUGCCCCUACAUCCACCUUGUCGCGUCUGUGUCCCACGUCCACGCGGGCCUUGUGCUCGACGGCGCGUCUGGUGCGUUUAGCUACGGCAUUUCCUCGCACGCCGAGGAGCGUGCGCGGCGUGGAUCGGCGCCCGAGCGCGACGUGCGUGCCCCCUGGCUGUGGCACCACUGCACGACCUAUAUCCCCCCCGUGACCGAGCUGCUGCACUCGCGUGGCGCGACAAUGACCUCGUCGACGUCGGCCUCGGCGCAGUUUUCCGGCCUUGCGACGCUCAAACUCCCCGCGGCGCUCGACCUCGCCGGGCGCGGCGCCAAGGUCCAGGCGGCGCCUGGCACGGCGCCCGGCGCGCCGAUUUCCGAAAAGGCCGCACUGCAAGUGCUCAACACGAUCACCGCGCGUGCGCGCUCGCUCUUUUCGCAGCUUGCCCUGCUCCAGCUCGCGGCCGCGGACCAGCACCCGUCGGACGAGGACGGGGUACCGCGUACGCCCUAUGCGACGCUUGUCCGCGAGGCGAUCCAAGAGUUCAUCGCGUCGAGCGACGAAGGCGUCAAGCAGCUGCUCGGCGAGAUGGUCGACCACGGCCUCGUCCUCGUCUUCCGCGGUCCCGCGUCGAUCGGAAGCAGCCACGCGAUCGCAGCCGGCGACGAGCUCUGCAUUCCGCUAGGCACGAGCGCGUUGGAAAGUGUGCUUGCACAAGUAGAUACGUAA